AUGUCAAAGAGAUCGUUCGAACCGAACUGUAUGACGAGCGACGGAACGACAUUCUACGCCCACGCAACCUUCAGUUUAGGAUCCGGCAACACCGGCAGAACCAUAGUCAUCGCCAAAUCAAACACCAACCCAGCCUCCUUUUCCGAUGUCACCUGGUCCAUCUAUGCAACCGUCUCGGAGGCCGAUAUGGGAACAUAUCUCCAAGGAAUGAACAUUUUGAAGGCCAUGCUCUGCUCCGUCGACAGUCAAGGCGUCUUCACCAUCAUUUCCACAUCCACAAAGACGUCUAUCGACAGCCCGGAGACCUUGGGCAUGGGUGGGUACCAGUAUACUCCACACGCCGAUCCCACGACGGGGGGUACUUGGACGACGAUCUUGAUGAAAGACCCUUACCCGUGGUCCUCGUCCCGUUCUGGUGGAUUGGUGUCUGUCCCUGCUGGAACUGCGGGGGGUAAAGAUGUACUGAUGCAUGUCUUUCAGACCUCCAGCAGUGCGGAUAGUAUCAGCGUUGGCGUCUUUGAUCCAUUCACAAAGUCGUUUUCUUUGCAAUCCAACUGGACUUUGCAUAGUAGUAACGCCAAUUAUUUGGUCACGUCGAACGGCACGGAUACAGUAGGACCACUCAAGACAACAGUCUUUGGUUCCUACAACGACCUUUACCCCAUCGGACCACCUGAAGGGCCGCCUCGCUGGGCUAUGAUGACCAACUACUCGGAUUUUGCAGGCGUCGUCUUAUCCGGGGACAAAAUAGGAGAGUUUCAGACGGCUUCGACCAGAAUGAUCCUCACAGGACUGCCUGGAGAUGGAGAUGUUUCGGGCGAUGGUAAUUCUGGCAGCGGUGGUAAUUCUGGCAGCGGUGGUAGUGGCAUGUCUUCAGGAAUGGUUGCAGGAAUUGUCGGAGGAGCCAUCCUCUUGAUCGUGUCAAUGUCCAGUAUUUUCAGACUUUGCACCAAAAGGUCGAAGCGACAUCUCGGAUUUAGCCGUCCGACGACCCCUGUCUAUGAGGAUCCCGACAGUCUGGUGCCCAAUAUCGCGGAUGUUCCCGAGGCCAAGAUGGAGUGCGAGGCUCUGCCAAUGGCGCCUACUAGUGCCAUGCCGCCGGUGCCGUUGGGAACAACAGGAACUGGAACUGGAACUGGAGUGGGACCUGGAAAGGACGCGGGAUCGUCAGUCCUGCCACCGCCACUACUUGCACCCCGUCCCUUGAUGGACACCAAGGUCUCUCAGACCGCUCAAGCACAACAACCGCCAUCGUCACAGUCACCACAGACACUGAACACCUAUGAAGAUGGAUACCAGCAAGGAUUCCAGCAGGCGUUGCUCGCCUUGAGGGAGGAGCAGGAACAACAACAACGGCAGCAAGGGCAGCAACGACGGGCGCAGAAUCCUCAAUUGCUCACCACCACCCUCGCCCACUCCAACCUACCGCCGGUCCCUACUCCCUGGUCACCCGCCAAUUCGGACACCACAACCGUAACUUCCAACAACCCACAGUAUUAUUCACAGGGCAACAACCCUCAGUACUAUCCUCUUCCAGUCCCCGAACCGACAGCAAACCAGCAACAGCAAUUACAGCGACAGCAGGGCUAUUAUCAGAUUGGAGUGACGACAGAUGAUCCCCGUAACCCUCAAUCUUACAACACUGGUGCGCCUUUGUCGCCGGUCGCCCCUGGAAGCACGCCGUUGUCACCUCUCCCGGCCUAUGUCUCUGGAAGUGUGAGCACGUCGCCCGUUCCCUCAUAUGGCACCGGCAGUGUUGGAACCCCUUACACGCCACCUGUUGUGCCGGGAUCUAAUCACUACCCUGGCAAUCAAGGACCUAAUCCCUCGUACCGUCAGUGA